UCAGAGAAGGGAGUAGACCUCAGAGAAGAGUACAGAGGGUUUUUGAGUGACAAUGGUGACUUUUGCCCAGUGCAUUCCCUAAUGAAUUUGAAUUCUUCACUUCCCUUUUCCUGUGGAAUUAAUUACUACUCUGCCCCUACAAUGAUGCAAACAUAGGAACCCUAUCAUGUUUAUGCCAAGAGGCAGGGGAAAUCAAAGGGCAUGACUAUGCUAUGAUUUACAAAUCAGAGACACAGAGAGAUGAAAACCAUACUCCAGACAGUAACUUAAUCAGAAUCACAAGCAAGAUGUUAAAAAUGAAUAGGCUGGAAGGAAUAAUACACGAUAUAAUAGUAACCUGUUGGAGAAAAUGGCUUUUUUUCAAUGUGUGGAAAAAGGUGAGGACAGUACAGUGUUUCUUGAAGGAAAACACCAAUGAACUCCAUUCAGGAACUGAAGAGAAUGAGGCAAAGGAGACGGUGUGGCAUCAUUUAAAUCUGAAGGAAACAUGUGUUGCAAAGAAGAGAACUCUUGACACGACAGAUAAAUCUGCUCAGAAGAACCAAGCCUGCUCAGACAAAGAAAAGAUUCAUAAACUCAACAAGGAGAAUGCUGAAAAGGUCGGUGCCUCCCUCAUUCAGAAAAGUUCUCUCACAGGAAGAUUUCAAACCAAGGUAGAAGAUUUUGCUUCCAGAGAAGAGUACAAAGAGGAUAUUAUUGGAAAAGAUGCAUCAAAGAUGGGAAGACAAGAAGAGCUAACCAUUGGUGGGGAUAACCAAGGCAUUGAGGAAAAACUCAAAGCUUUGGGAGAUGUGAAGGGAUCUCAGGACAGUCUGGUCUCCAAAAGAGAGAAGAAUGUACUUCAUGCUAAAGGAGAUACCAAUGAAGAAGAAACUGGGGAGGAAGGAUCAACAUCUGCAAAAAAUGAAACAGUAGAAAGGUACAACGACAAUAAAAAGGAGAAUUCUUCAGCAAUAGCCCCAGGAGGCCAAUCCAUGAAGGCCCUUUCCCAGAACGCUGAGCUAGCUGCUCUGGCUGACCAUAGCAGUAAGCGGAGAGUGAAUGACGGUGGCCUCAUCAUUGAUGACAAGAAGAAGAGCAGAGUUGACAUAGAAGGCACAGGUGAAAAAUGCAAAGCUAAGGAGUCCACCAAGAUAAAUCAAACCAUUGGUAGCCUACGAAGCAAGUUCCAGGAGUCACCCAGGUUUGAAAAUGGCCAUCUAACAAAGCCUGUUGCCAAAGGAAAAGAACCGGCAAUACAAUUUGAUGAUGUUCCUGCUCCCCCUGCCCCAUUUGAUCAUAGGAUUGUCACAACCAGGCAGAUAGCAAUCAACAGUCUCUAUACUGUGAACAGGAGGGAAAUCUUAGGAGGGGGACGGUUUGGCCAAGUGCACAAAUGUGAAGAAAAAGCCACAGGCCUGAAAUUAGCAGCCAAAAUCAUUAAGACCAGAGGGGUUAAGGAAAAAGAUGAAGUGAUGAAUGAAAUCAGUGUCAUGAACCAGCUGGAUCAUGUGAAUCUCAUCCAACUCUAUGAUGCCUUUGAGUCCAAGAAUGACAUUGUUCUGGUGAUGGAAUAUGUGGAUGGAGGUGAACUGUUUGAUCGAAUUAUUGACGAAAACUACAAUUUAACUGAGUUGGAUACCAUUCUGUUCAUCAAGCAGAUCUGCGAAGGGAUAAAACACAUGCAUCAAAUGUACAUCCUUCACUUAGACCUGAAGCCCGAGAACAUCCUGUGUGUGAAUCGAGACGCCAAACAAAUAAAAAUUAUUGAUUUUGGAUUAGCAAGAAGAUACAAACCCAGAGAAAAGCUGAGAGUAAACUUUGGGACUCCUGAAUUUCUUGCUCCUGAAGUUGUGAACUAUGAUUUUGUUUCUUUCCCUACUGAUAUGUGGAGUGUUGGUGUGAUCGCCUACAUGCUGCUCAGUGGACUGUCUCCUUUCUUGGGUGAUAAUGAUGCUGAGACACUAAGCAACAUCUUGGCUUGUAGUUGGGAUUUGGAAGAAGAAGAAUUCCAAGACAUUUCUGAAGAGGCCAAGGAAUUCAUUUCUAAGCUUCUGAUUAAGGAGAAGAGCUGGAGAAUAAGUGCAAGUGAAGCCUUGAAGCAUCCGUGGUUGUCAGACCACAAUCUCCAUCGCAGGCUCAGCUUACAGAAGAAGAAGAAGAAGAAGAGCCCAAGUUCUGAAGCUCAUUAACUGGUGGCCCAGGACUCUGCUGAAGAGUGUUGCGACUUGGAAGGAAAACUGCUGUGGUUGCUACCCUUUCGAGGACAUUUUGGAAAAAUCAGCAGUUCUGAUGCUUUGACCCCAGUGAUGACUGGAGGCAUUUACCAAAUGGAGUAACUCCACCUCUUUAGCUGUAUUACUGAGCUACUUAAAAAAAUUAAGUCAGGCAGCUUCCAGAAGAGGAAACCAACAGCUGUUCCCAAGGAGGUGUAAAUGCCAGAGCCCCACAUCCUUUACUUCACCUCCGAGAUGGUUGCAGUAGUUUACUUUGGGAAGAUAAUUUUCACUGCUGUCUUUUGCUUUCUCCGUUGAUGGAGUUUGCUAUAAUGUUAGCUGUUGUUCAGUUAGGCAGGUCUGGUAGAGCUGAAAUUGAUCUGAGAUUUUCAAACCUGAAAUUGUGUUGGAAGUUGGGGAGAAAGCCUGCUAAAAAAGUUUUAAAUUAUGAGUGUUACAUAAUGGAGAUUUUGUGGCAAAAGUUCUUUUGAAUCUAGUAUGUAGAGAAAAUUUGUUACUUUGGCUUAUGUAACACCUGAAUUAUUAUCAUGGAAAGUUCAUUCGUGAUGAAACAGUUGUGGAAAGCUGUCAAAGAGUAUGUCUGUUAUCCCCCUAGAUUCCAAACUUUGAUCUAAUUUUGUUAGAGCUUUGAAAUGGCCAAUAAAUAACUAUAUCUAAACUCAGCAUCAAGCAGACAAGGUCUCCUUGGGAAAGGAAGGCAUUGCUUCAAGUCCUGGAGUGAUUUGGGACACUAAGCCCAAAUGUUUGAAUGAACUUAAAUAUGACAGGUCACACAUGAAACUGAAUUUAUAACUUAAAAGUAAGGGAAGUCAGUACAUUCGCUUGUGGCCAAUGGGAUUUAGCAUUUAUUAAGUUCUGCUAUGUACAAGGAAGACAGAUUCCCACCCAGUUAGAAGCUUCUACCUAUUCCCUGAGAUAUUAAACCAUUUCAUUAGAUAUUGAAUAAAGGAAAUACCUGUGACUAAUGAACUAUGUUACAUACAAACUAUGCUUUUAGAAAAAAGCAGAACUCCUGUCAUAAUCUUAAAAAAAGAAAAACUUGAGAUAUUUUGAAAAUGAAAAAAAAAUGCUAUCUUGCUUAAUUCAACUUUCCGAAUUCUAUAUCAAAUCUUAAGUUCAGCUACUUUCUCCAUAUAUUCCAUUUCUAAAUAGCUUUUGUUCUGGGGUCAGUUACAAUAAUGUCUUUGUUUUGGGUCACUGCUCUUUCUCUGAUACUGAAGGGGAUUGCUUUAUAAAGAAUUUGGUAACUAGCAUUAAAGGCUGAUUGAAUUUUCUCAACUUAUCCUCACAUUUCCAAUGUCUACCUGGUGAAUCCUUCCAAUAUGUCUUCAAGAAGGACAUAUGAAUAACAUACUUAUUCCCAUUUUACAUGUUUGUGGGAACUAUAGGCAUUAAGGUUAUGGGAUCUGGCCAAGGUCCCAUAGAAAGGUAUUGGGAAAGCUAGGCAUGAAACUGCCUCCCUCCUUCAAAGUUCUUGCUACCAUACUUCUCCCCUUUUUUCCUUCUGGCCUAUUCAUUUUUGUUCCAGUCUUGAUUUCCCCUCCUGUUUUACGUGACUAUGCUUACAAUGUUUAAUUUGGUUUCCUUGUGGGGAAAAAAGAGAAAGAACUGUACGCCUGAAGUCUUAUAUUACUGGGCUAUCUUUAGCUGAUGAUAUGCAGUGUAUUUGGAAAGUUAUAAGCCAGUGCAUGCAUGAAUAAUCACUUAUACCACAGGGUCCUGGCAUUCAUUCAAAUGCUAAAUAGGACACAAGGGGCUGAUUUUUAAGCCCCUUAUGGAACAGGGUGUUCUACUAUGGAGCAAAGAAAGUCUACCCAGAUAUUUUCUUGCCUGGAUGGGUGUAGCUCAAAUUUGGAUCCAUUUUUUAGCUCCAUUUUUCUUGAUUCUAGGAUGAAUUCAAGAUGCCCCAAGUCCAACUAAGGAGUUCUAGCCUUGUGGUAUUCAUCAGUGAUAACCCUAAAUGGUUCCUGGGUGUGAAGUACUUAGGUGUUUAAAAAUGAGUUUCUACUUUGGAAAUGUGUUUUAUCUAAAUUUGUGAUUUAAGAGCCACAGUGGUGGGUGGGAAAGCACCCCAACACCAGAUGAGUGCUUUUAAUAAGGAACUUUGGAAGUGUUAGUUUUGCAGAGUUAAUUAUUUCAGUCCAGGUUUGUGGAGGAAUGUGACAUGAUUGGUUAGAGCUAUGUUGCAUGACUCUGUACUUCUGUGGGGCUGAUCCAACUAUAGGUCCUUGUCGCCCAAUAUUUUACUGUCCCAGUAGGUCAGGGGUGUGUGUGUGUGUGUGUGUGUGUGUGGAGGGUGGGAGGAGGAGUGGGGUUGCAAAGCAGAUGAAUCAGGUCAUCUAUAAGCAAGGACCUAAGUCAUAGAGAGGAUUAUGUAUGAGCAGAGUCUUUUUUUUUUUUUUUGGUGGGGCAAUGAGGGUUAAGUGACUUGCCCAAGGUCACACAGCUAGUAAGUGUCAAGUGUCUGAGGCCAGAUUUGAACUCAGGUCCUCCUGAAUCCAGGGCCAAUGCUUUAUCCACUACACCACCUAGCUGCCUCAAGCAGAGUCAUUUUAGUCAAUUUUCCAAGGGAAUAUAAUUACCCUCUUAAUAGAAGAUUUAAUGUUGAUUACUCUUCCUAAGUUUCCCUCACUCAAUAAUAAUAAAUAGUAUUUAUAUAGUACUUUAAGCUUUGCAGAUUACUCUACAUAUAUAUUAUUUAAUUUUACUUUCCUAUUGGACAUCUCUAUCUAAUAAUUUUGGCAAAUUAUUAAAGUUGAACCUUGAUACAGCAUUCCCAGAACAUAGGGAAGACAUACCUUAGGAAAACAGUCAUAGUUUAUAAAACCCUAAAACUUAUCCACAAUCCAUACAUAGUAAGAUGAUUCACAGUCCUGUGGUUGCUAUGUAAGUAGCUCUUUAUUAGCUUCCCACAUGAGUUAACUUUGUAAUCCUGGCCUGCUGUGUCACUAUACAUAUCUUUGCAUUUAUUGUUAAUGAUUCAUUAUCUAGCUUGGUGUUGUCUUCAUUUUUUCCCUCAACACCAACAAAAGAGAAUUCUGCAUCUACAUAUAUGUGUUUUUAAUGUAAAACAUUGAUGCAAAUGUAGUAUGGAGAGGAGAAUGUGUGUGCAUGUGAUUUACAUUGUGUUUAUCUUACAAAGAUGGUUAUGCCAUAUUCUUUUCUUGCUUUGUUCCAAAAAUGUGGGUUCUUACCUAAUUCUGUCUUGUCUAACCAUAGAAAGGUAUUAUGGAAAUUUUGGACCCACUGCAUCCCAGUUCUCAUUACCCAGAACUCUCUCUUUUAUUCUCUUGAACCAUCCUUUAUUUUCUAUCCUUCAUGCUCAUUUUCCUUCAUGUUAAAGUUGUAUUGCACCUCUCUGCCAAAUCUCUCUUCUAAAUUUUCAAAUUUCCCUGAAAUUUAUUUAUUUUAACCAAAGUGUCCAGGUGUAUUAUAUAUAUAAAUCAAGACUCAAUGGGAAAUUGUUCCUUUACAAUUGAACUACUUUCUCACCCACUAGAAACUCCAGAGCUAGGCUGAUAAAGGUAGUGUGCCUUCAUGUGAAGGAUUAUAUCGUUGCAUAUAAUUUUGUAGCUUUCUUCCAAAAGUAAGGAAUCUUGUAUCUCUCUAUAGCUUCUAUUUGCCCUUUCUGGUUUGAGCUCAGACUAAUGAGAUUUGCUUUGUGUGCAUGGUCUUUUGUUGGGCGAUUUCACCUUACAUGAAGGCUGGUAGCUCAGUCAUUACCAAAUGAAGGAGUAAAAAUGAUGUCAAACCACCUGACUGCAAAUAUGUUGUUUAGGCACAUUUGUGUUGCCACAGCUGACAAAGGCUCCCACAGUGGUGACAACAGGGCUUUCACAUCAACUGGUGGUGUUUUUUUCAGAACUGACAUACUGGAAAGGCUAUGCAAUGUAGAGAUUGCUUGUGUUGCAUGUACUUCUAGUUUUUUUUUAAAUAGAUUUUUGUCAGAUCAAUGGUUUUUUUGUGUUGAUUUAUGAAAAUACAUAAGUGAUUAUAACAUGUUAUACUAUGGAAUAAAGAGAUUUUAUUUAUCUUGUGGC